AUGACACCCGUCGGCCCACGAGUCUCGAAGGAGGAAUUCAUGCACGCCCUGGGCCUGAGCCCGCAUGAUCCACAGCAUGAACAGUAUUACCGCGCCAUGCGGGAUGAAGCGAUCAUGGUCUACAACCGCAUGAACCAAGAUACUUCCCACCUCCUCGACAGCGUGCGCGCCGAUCCCACCACCCGCCCCCCAUUCUUCUGGCACCAUAUCCGACCAGACCACCAGCGCUGGGCAAUCAUGGAGAUCUGGCGCAACGCAGCCCCCCUCACGCGCCCAUUGUUCGACCACGGCGGCACUAAUGGCGAAUACGGACCCAACUGGGUCGCUGGGUGGUUGCUGUACAGCGUGUUCCGCUCGCGUGAUGUGCGCAAUAAUCGGAAUCGGCGGAAGGGGGAGAGUAACGUGGCUGUGCCUGAUUCUGACAAGCGGGCUAAGCAGGUGGAAGAGACGGCGUCGCCGAAGAAAGGAUACUAUGAUCCUGUGCGGAAUGGGACGCUCUAG